ACCAUAUCUGGUACUUCCUCACUCUUCUAAUAUAUAGCAGUCUGUGGCCGUUACUCACUCGGUGGCUCACAGGAUGAAGGGUAUCACAAAGGCUUUGGCUAGAACUCCACAUAAUCUCACCAGCCGAGUUGGUUUUUCCAAGAAAUCUACUGAUCCAGAGUUCAACGACCAUGAACGCAAGUUUGCAGCUGUAGAAAGCGCUUGUGAGAAAAUGUUGAAGGAUGCUACUAUUUUCAGGGAUAGCGUGUCGUCAUUACUCAUAUCCGGUUCCAGCUUCUCUGGAUCUUUAGCCACUCUGUUUUCUCCUCUCGGAUCAGAGUACAAUCUUGCGGCCAAGCAUCCCACUGCGGAGGUCACAGUGAAGAAUAUCUCCCAGUACCAAGGCUUAAUGGAGGAGCUACGAGAAACCCUAUCGCCCGAAUUGGAACUUAUCGACUCUCGUAUAGUUCAACCAUGUAAAGAACUCACCGACAUCUGUAAAAAGAUCCGAAAAACAUGCACCAAACGAGAACACAAGUUAAUAGAUUACGAUCGACACAAUAAUUCGUUGAAUAAACUCCGUGAGAAAAAAGAAAAGUCUCUCAGUGACGAAAAGAAUUUAUUCAAAGUCGAACAAGAUUUCGAACUUGCUUCUGGAGAAUAUGAACAUUACAAUAACUUACUCAAGACGGAAUUACCACAGUUUUUAGUCCUUGCGACGAGGUUUAUCGAUCCUCUGUUCCACUCUUUCUAUUACAUGCAACUCAACGUGUAUUACAUUAUGAUGGAUAGACUGCAAUCUUUUGCCGAUGGAAAAUACGACUUGUCGCGGAAAGAUAUUGAAACUAUAUAUCUCGAGCAAAGGGGUGAUGCGGCGGAACAGAUCGAAGAGAUGAACAUUACCAAACGGGUGCAAUCGACUGCCCGUCUCCUGCAGACAGCCCGACAAGCUAGUGGAGGUGCUAGCCCAAGCCGUACCUCAUCUUUAACUUCCAAACCUUCUCUCUCUUCCAAGCCGUCAUUCAAGAAAGAAGACUCGUACACUUCUCCGGUCCAGAGAACUUUACCACCUUCAAACUCUGGUGGACUAGCAGCUCCUCCUCCUUACACAUCUACCCUUUCUUCAGGUAGUAUCAAAAAGGCUCCUCCGCCACCUCCUCCUCUCAAAGCUAAACCGUCGUUCGCCCCUGUCAAGUAUGCCACGGCUAUCUUCGACUUUGAAGCUCAAGCCGAAGGAGAUUUGUCUUUCAACGCAGGAGACAGGAUCGAGAUUAUCGAAAGAACCGACAAUGCCGACGAUUGGUGGACUGGAAAAUUGAAUGGGAGGACGGGUAUCUUCCCCGGUACGUACACCCAAGUGGAGUGAGUAUCCAUACAACUUAUAAACCUCAAUCGACCCUUGGAUUCAGGACUCUUGACCGGGGAAGGUAUUUGAAGUGCAGUAGUCGGAGCCAUCAUCUGUUCUUCUUCUCAUCUCGUUUUAGCCCUUUUAGAACCGAUGUAUCUGAUUUUCACAAUU